UUUGAUGAUUAUCACUUCUAUCCGUCGUUAAGGACAAAAUAUGUUAUUAUUGCCAGAAUUAUAGGAAAUUUUAAAUUGCCAAUAUCUGUGAAAGUGUUAAGUAAUAGAGUGCAAUAAUUAAAGUAACUAGCUUCUAAAUUAACGAACUGAAAAUUUACUUAAUACAAUUAUUGUUUCGCCUUGAUUUCAAAGUAAAAUGUUGAGCCUAAAACUUUUUCGUCAAUUCAAUAAGCCUCUGCUGCCUGCUCCAAUGAUAGCACGUUUCACUGGAAGUGCUGCAGCUGUUAAGACUGGAAAAAAUUAUGCUAGUCAUUGGAGAACAGAACGUAUUGUUUCUAUAGCACUUAUGGGAUUGUUUCCUGCCUCAGUGUUAUAUUCAUCACCAAUAGUUGACACUUUAUUAGCAGGAAGCAUUAGUCUCCAUGUUUACUGGGGACUUGAAGCAUUGGUAGUCGACUAUUUACGUGUUCCAGUUGUAGGACAGCUGGCUAACAAAGCUGGACAUGCAGCUAUUUCUCUUCUUGCGAUUGUCACCUUGGCUGGAUUUUUGCAAGUUAUUUUUGUUGGUGAUGGACUUGGCAAUGCCAUUGUUACACUUUGGAAAUUGUAAUAUUACUUAAAGUGUUUUUAAUGUAGUGGUGUAACAUGUAAAUAUUAAAUAUUCUGUUGAAUAAAAUGAUAAUUGUAUCUAUUUAUUUGUAGUAUUGAGAUUAAAAUCAAUUUCAGUUAUAGUUACAAACAAUAAAUAAAUUAUUACUUACAAUA